AUGUCGAAAGCCUUGCUAUCCGGCGAGGUCUUCCGGCCACUCGCCGUCCGGUCAAGGCCCCGGCGUCCGUACGCCGGAAUAUCCUUCGUCGGGUUGCGAAUUCCCUGUGCUGCGGGGGCGGCUUCCGGCACUGGGCGUUGGAGGAGGCCUGAGCUAUGGGCCGUGAGGAGCAGCGGCAUUGGGGACAAGAUCCGGCCGCGGCAGGAUGAGCCGCAGGGGACGGGGGAAGCAGGAGAGGUGGACGUAGAGGAGCUGGUGCAGUUCCUGUAUGAGGACCUUCCCCACCUUUUCGACGAUCAGGGGAUCGACCGUUCGAAGUACGAUGAGCGAGUCCGGUUCAGGGAUCCCAUCACCAGCCACGACACUGUCGACGGCUACCUCUUCAACAUCGCCCUCCUGAAGCUGCUGUUCCGCCCGGACUUCCAACUUCAUUACGUGAAACAGGUGCCGUGGAUUUCUCCUUGAUGGUUGUGUUUUGCGUGUGCUCGAAAGCCGAAUCCCUUGGAUUGAACUGAUUUUGAUGACGUUGACUGCUUAAAACGUUUUACUGAAUUGGUUAAUGUGCCUGUGGGGAGUCACCCCCCCCUAACCCCUCCUUAAGAUGAGUCGUUUCCUCUAAUCAAGUAUACAUGCUUUCAACUGAAAAUUCACUUGUUUGGUUGGUAGGUGACAUGAAGAUGUCUUCGUCCACAUAAAAUAACAAGUAGAAAUCCCAAAAAAAGUUUUCCCGCAUCAUCUUGUUUUGUAAUGACCACUCCAGCGUAAGCGUGCUAACCAUUAUUUGGAUUGUCAAAUUGGUGAGUUGGAUUUUACCGUAUUAGAAUUGAACUAUGAGCUGUUUCUCCAUCCUCAAGGAUGGAUAUUCUGGUUAAUUCCUGUCUAAAUUUAAGACUUAGAAAUCAUACUUUGUCAUGAAAUUUCAAGUUAUACAGCAAUCAGUAUGCAUGAUUGUCAAGAGAAGUCAAUUUACGGACUGACGGCAUCAAAUGUUGGAUGGAUCAAGAAAGAAACAUUACUACCAUAUUUAGUGUGGAAUGAACGUUUCAAACAGAACAACAGGAUAGGGUCAGAAACCUGUACAAAUCAUACACCAAAAGUUACUUGUUGUUUGCAAUUUUUGUAUCAGUUGAUUUUCACUUUUGAAGCAAUUUGACUGUGCUAUACGAACCGGCAGAGUUAUCUAACUUUGCAGUCACCUACAUUUUUUACGUAGGAUGAAUGACUUUCAUGAUGCCCUUAUAUACCUUUUGCAUUCGCAUUUCUAAUUGGAGUCAGUCAUUACUUUUAAGAGCUGCUGUCUUACUCCCUCCCAUGAUGGCUUUGAAUUUCUCUAGUUCAGAAUCACCAUAUUCAAAUUCACAGCUGCUUUUUUUUUUUAGCCGCAGAAGCGUGCUAUUUUAUCUUUGCUGAGUUGUCCAGUUCAUUUUCACCCCUAUUUUGUGGGAUGCCAGUCCAUGAUUCAAGAUCUAGCCUGAUUGAUGUCUUGUAGACAGGACCUUUUGAAAUAACCACAAGAUGGACUAUGGGAAUGAGAUUUUCCCUUCUCCCAUGGAAGCCGAAACUGGUCUUCACAGGAUUAUCAAUUAUGGCCAUCAACCCACAAACUCAAAAGUUCUGCGGUCAUCUUGUAAGUUUGUACCCCUUGCUGUUAUCUAUUUGUGUGUUCCAUCUUCUGUCACAAUGAAAAGUGUGAUCCAGUGGAUGCCUCGAUGAAAACUGUUAUCUCAUCUUCAACUUCAGCAGAGACAUCUUUCAUCAGUUUGUACUCAGCAAUCACUGUCUCUGUCCCUAGGAUAUCUGGGAUUCCAUUCAGAACAAUGAUUAUUUCUCUUUGGAAGGUCUGUGGGAUUUCAUUACGCAGGUAAAUCUUAUAUUUCUAUUUCCUCCUGAAAGUUUAUUCAUUCUGCAUUUCUCAAGGACGACUGCCGAGAUCUUAUGCUGGUGUGUGAUCUUUCAGCUGCGCAUUUACAAAACUCCAGACUUGCAAACACCACAGUACCAGAUAUUGAAAAGAAUGGGAAGUUACGAGGUGCAUCUCUUAUCCCCCAGUGGCAUUGCCAUUUUGGUUCCAUCUGCUUGUGUUAUGCGAUAAUAAUCUCCCAGUGGGUCUUCAUAUUUUUCUCCAUCAUAAUUCCGCCGUUAUUGCUCGAGAGACCACUCAUAACUAGUUUUCAGACGGCUCAAUAUGAACCAAAAUCAACUUUCCGUCAGCUUAUUUACUGUCCUACAUGUAAAAACCUGAUUUCCGUGGGCUCUUCUGUCCCAUCUCCGACAGAAAGACCCAAUACCAUAUCCAUUGACGAGAAGUCGGGUCUUCGCUGCUAUAUAUGAUCGCAGGAUGUAGCUUUGGUGUGUAGAAGAUAUCCCCGAACAAGUCUGGUGGCUAGCUGUGUGAUUACGUGCCACUGCCUAUCACGAUACACUCCUAGAGUCAAAAAGAUCUUAUCUCCUCUGAUCCCUCUCCAGAGCGCGUUGGGAGUUGGCGACUCGAACAUGUUGCUUUGGGGGAUACUUUCUUACCCCCAGCGAAAAUAAAAAUCGCGUGUAUCCAACAUGAAUUGGGUGAAUUUCUUCUGUUUAGUCCGUCCGCUUUGAAACUCACAUCGUGCUCGGUUCCAUAACAGAUAAGAAAAUAUGACCCAUUCCUGGUUGUGGAGUCGAAGUCGGACAGGCUAUCCGGGUCGGGUGGCUUCAAUAACGUUACUGGGUAAGCGAUUCUCAGUGGUUACUUCGAUUUCGUUCCCUCUCCCGCCCUUGAAUCCACAGUUCUGAGGACUGAACAUCGAGAGAUCAUAUAUAUACAUAUAUAUAUAUAUAUAUAUAUAUUUUUUUUUUUCUUUCUCCAGGUAUAUAUUUGGGAAGAACGCGUCAUCAGAAAAGAUCCCGAUGACUACUCCAGUCUUCACUCAGGCACUCGACGACGGCUUGUCAGACGUGUCCAUCCAGAUAGUCUUACCGCUGGAUAAAGAGUUGGACAAGUACGCUCUCCUCUCUCCACCUCAAUGGCGCUAGUGUUAGCUAUACAACGUUAAAAAAAUGAAAAUAAAAAGAAAGAAUGAAAGGUCGAUUUUAUUUUUUUAAUUUUUAUUUAUGAGGUGAAUUAACUUCUCAUCUAAGCCCAUAUCCAAGCCCAAGCCCUUUUUUUAUUUUUUUUGGUAAUUUGAUGGCACCCAAGCUAACCUGUCAAUCAGAGCUUGUUUUCAAUGUCAUAUGGCUGUUCAAUGAUCACCCACUCAUUUGACUCUCUCUCUCUCUCUCUCUCUCUCAGACAAGUGACAUUCCAAGACAGAUACGAACGGUUUCAUGUUGAAAUCCACGGUGCUACCCCAUUGCCGAAAUUCCAUGACACAUAGGAAUGCGCCUCUUCUUUCAGGCUACCGGAGCCCAGCGGGGAGUCGAUUGCCAUCAGGAGGGUGGAGCAUGGAGUCGCCGCCGUCUCCAAAUUCAGCGGGCAAGCCACGGAGGAGAUCGUGCGGAGCAAGGAGAAGGAGCUCCGGUCGGCGCUCGUUAGAGACGGCCUCCACCCGCGAGAGGGAUGCCUCUUCGCUCGUUACAACGAUCCCGGCCGGACAUGGAGCUUCAUCAUGGUACACCUCCCCCCCUCUUCCCCCUGUUUAAUGGCCUAACUGAUUCUUAUGCCAUUGCCACUCUUGCCCUUGAAGAGGAACGAGGUGCUGAUUUGGCUCGACGGGUUCACAUUGGAGUGA